CACAAACCCACAUAUCAUUGAAGUUUCACUCUGCACAAAGUCAAGUAUUUCCCAGCGUCGUCAAACAUGCCAAAAAAGAUAAUUAUAAAGUUGGAAGUCUGCAAUGAAAAAACCAGAACCAAGGCCAUGAAGAUAGCAGCAGUGAGACAAGGAGUGAACUCGGUGGCGAUGGAGGGCGAAGGAAGAGACCAAGUGGUGGUGACAGGUGAGGGAGUCGACUCGGUCGAGUUGGUGAACUUGCUGAGGAAGAAGCUAGGGUAUGCCACAAUUGUGAGUGUGCAAGAUGUGAAACCAGGAGACAAGAAGAAUGAGGAUGAUGAAUUGAAGCCAAUUGAAUAUUAUGGAUAUUGUGGUCCCUAUCCUCCAGCCCCAUAUUAUCAACGAGUCGUUUAUGAUCCAUAUCCUAACAAUUCUUGCUCCAUCUUAUGACGCACCUAGCACACCACAACUAAAGCAAGACAUAGAGACAUGUAUCUUUUUAGAGUUUCUAUAUAUAUAUAUAUAUAUAUAUAUAUAUAUAUCUAUA